CCUAAUUUGACAUUAAAUGUUCCCUUUUCCUGUUGCAGAUGCUGAGGUGACCUGUGUUUUCAGAGAGAGCUGCUUGCUACCCUGCCAGUUCCAGGAUGGAGCUCAACUACUCAUCCACUGGAUCAAAGAGUCAGAUGGAGACCCUGUGGUUCAUUCCUACUAUGAGGAUAAAGAUCAGUUUGAAUACCAGGUUCAAAACUUUAAGAACCGGACAGCACUGUUUAAAGAUCAGUUUUCCAAGGGAAACGCUUCCCUGCUGCUGACAGGAGUGAUGAUUGAGGAUGUAGGAAGAUACAAGUGUUACACCAGCACUGACAGAGGAAAGGAGGAAUCAUUUGUUAACCUGAAAACAGAAGCUCCUGUCUCUAAAGUCAUCAUCUAUGAGGAAGCAAACCAGAUCAUCUGCAGCUCAGAGGGAAUCUACCCUCAACCUGAACUCUCCUGGUCCACCAUCCCUCCGUCCAACACCACUCUAAAUGUUACAACCACAGUCCAUCAGACUGAGGAUCAGCUUUACAGCAUCCACAGCUCUCUGGUUUUAGAGGAUGAUCCUGAUGUGACCUACAGCUGCACC